AUGAUAUAUUCAACUGGCAAUUGGCCAAGGUCUGUAGGUAUUGGCGAUUUUAAUAACGACACCCAUCUGGAUAUUAUCGUCACUAAUCAGAACGACAACACUAUAAGUGUCCUUCUCGGUUAUGGUAAUGGUUCUUUUGCAAAUCAAAAGAAAUAUUCAACUGGCAGUGGUCCUGUAUCUGUAGCUAUUAGUGAUUUUAACAAUGACACCCAUCUGGAUAUUGUCGUCGCUAAUUUGGAUAAUAACACUAUAAGUGUGCUUCUUGGAUAUGGUAAUGGCUCUUUUGAAAAACAAACGACAUAUCCAACUGGCAGUUCCCCACAGUCUGUAGCUAUUGGUGAUUUUAACAACGAUAUCCAUCUGGAUAUCGUCGUCGCUAAUUAUGGUGACAACACUACAAGUGUACUUCUCGGAUAUGGUAAUGGCUCGUUUGCAAAUCAAAUGAAAUAUUCAACUGGUUCUGCACCAUUAUCUGUAGCUAUUGGUGAUUUUAACAACGAUAUCCAUCUGGAUAUCAUCGUCGCUAAUUAUGGUGACAACACUAUAAGCGUGCUUAUCGGAUAUGGAAAUGGAUCUUUUGCAAAUCAAAUGAAAUAUUCAACUGGUUCUGCACCAUUAUCUGUAGCUAUUGGUGAUUUUAACAACGAUACCCAUCUGGAUAUCAUCGUCGCUAAUUAUGGUGACAACACUAUAAGCGUGCUUAUCGGAUAUGGAAAUGGCUCUUUUGCGAAUCAAACGAAAUAUUUAUCUGGCUCUGGGCCCAACUUUGUAGCUGUGGGUGAUUUUAAUAACGACACCCGACUGGAUAUCGUCGUCGCUAAUUGGAAUAACAAUACUAUGAGUAUUCUUCUUGGAUAUGGCAAUGGCUUUUUUGCAAAUCAAAAGACAUACCCAACUGGCACUAGUCCUUCAUCUAUAGCAAUUGGUGAUUUUAAUAAUGACACCCGACUGGAUAUCGUCGUUGCUAAUUUAAAUGGGCACAAUGUUAUGGUAUAUCUUGGAUAUCCCAAGGAAGGUUUUCUAAAUCAAAUGAAGCUUAUAACUGGCAAUGGAUCUCGGCCUAAGUCAUUCGCCAUUGGAGAUUUUAAUAAUGAUGGUCAAACAGAUAUUGUAGUUGCGAAUUCACGCACUAACAAUGUUGGUAUUUUUUUGAGGUAUGGCAAUGGUUCUUUCGCAAAUCAAAUAACAUAUUCAACUGAUUUUUCUCCAUGGGCGGUAGCUGUUGGUGAUUUCAACAACGAUACAAUACUUGACAUUGUCACCGUGAAUCAUGGUAAUGACACUAUUGGUAUAUUUCUUGGAUCUGGUAAUGGUUCUUUUUCAAGCCAGAAAACGUUUUCAACCGGUUUCAACUCUCAACCGAACGCGGUUGUCGUUGGUGAUUUCAAUAACGACACCUUGCUGGACAUUAUUGUCACCAAUUAUGGCAUAAGCAAUGUCGGUGUGUUGCUUGGAUAUGGCAAUGGUUCCUUCGCUGAUAUAAAAAGUUUUUCGACUGGUUACGGCUCUCUUCCAUUCUCGAUUUCCGUUGGUGAUUUGGACAACGAUGGAAAGCUGGAUUUCACCGUCGCAAAUGAAGGAGCUGACAAUCUAAAAAUUUUCUUGCAGACUUGUUAAUGUUGCAACUUCUACCUUGAACUUUUUAAAAUUUUGUUCACUGUUUCUAACUUCUACUUAGUCUUACUAAUAUUUCUUGUAAUCUUUUCUUAUUCAUCUUUUGAUUUCUAUGUUCAAAUAAACUGCGAUUGAGAGUGGGUGCCUCAACCAAAGUAUGGCGCGUUUCUAUCCCGCUUAAGGAUCUUAUCACAGAGUGCUGACUAAGAAUCCAUUCAAAUGAUUGGGAACAUCAAAAGUGUGAUACAUAGUCUAUAAUUUUCACGACAAAUUCUCGAAGGACUCCCCAUCAUAACAGCAGAUGUCGUUACUGCAAUGAUGAGUGAAACAAACUUGGAGGCGUUCGCAUCUUGCUUAAGAGUCUCAUCAUGAUGGAUAAAGCAAUCGUAGAACAGAUUGACCUAUAUGUCUAUGAGACAAAACAACCUGCUGCUAUCACCUCUUACUUUUCAGAAAUUGAUAAAGUCGAAAACCAAAUAGCAAUUUAAUGAGAAAAUAAUAUACUUUGUAUAAGUAAUAAAUAAAGAUAAAUGCAUAGCUAAUUUCGCAGACGCGCUUUGUACUAUUGUCAAUUAGAAAACAGAGUGACCUAUCCAUUAACGAAAAGACAAGUUCAAUCUGCUAUUCUUAACUUUGCCUUUUAGCAAUUGAUUUCCUGUCGAAAAUUAAAUAACAAGAGAAUAAUAAUAGAUAAUGUGCUGAACUAAAAUAAUUUAAAAGAAAUGCAGAGUUUAGUUCGCUGACGCGUUUUGUGUUAUUUAUUAAUGUAUUGAAACGCUCAUCAGGACUCUGCAGUACAAUUGAGACUUUUAGGUCUGUACAGUUUGGAGGCGAGAUCUUCGAAUUGGAACUAUUUGACUACAUGUAUUUGUUUUAAUUGUAUUGUCUUCGGUGAUUUUAAUGUGGACCUUGAAAAGGAUAAAGCCAAAGCUGAAAUGUUACUAUCGUGGUCAGAUUCUAUGUUUCUGUGUCUAUUUACUCCAGACUCUUCGACAUCACUAAGAAGUGGUCGAAUUAUUGACUAUGUGUUUACAUCUAGGUUUUCUGUCUUCAUCUAGACUAUCCAAGAAACAAGAACCACAAGUGAUCACAAACCUGUUCUGAUAGUGAUUCCAGUAAAAUCAAAGGAAGUUCACUUUGUUAAAAAUGUGCACUGGAAGCUUUUCUCUAUGUUCAGUGAAUUUGUCUAUCCAUGGUGGGUAAGAAGGUGGAGUGUAGAUCUUUUAGAUAUCAUCUAUGAAUGAUAUGUUACAUUUCUGUCUCUUCUUACGGCCAGUUGUACAGUUUUGUUUCCAAUUGAAAAAACUUGUCAGUGGGGUCCCAAGAGGGGUGGAAAUAUGGAAUUCACAAACUCUGAGCGUUAUAAAUGUAAUAUACAGUAGCGGCCAAAAUUAUAAGAACAGACUGCUAGUCGCCUAUUCAUUUCGUGUUUCUCUUUCUACAAAUGAUGUAUUCGACUGAUAUUCAGUCUUGUACCUAGAUUUCGAUGUGCUCUUUCAUAAUAUAUGAAGAGUAGGUCUACAUGUCAUGUGAUCAGUAUUAAAGAAAAUUUUGAAACAUUAAUCAUCGUUUUUGCCUGGCCAAGAUUAUAAGAACAGCAAUAUCUUUAAAGGUUUUUUUCCCACCAGUCUUCGACCGAUUGUUUUCGAUAAUACAUCAACUAAUAUAUAAGAGCGUUGACUAUUCGCUGACACAAAGAACUUGUAAAAAUUCUAAUGCUUCGUCUAUAAAAUCAAGUUGUACCUUGCAUAGGGCUAAAAUCUAAGAAAAUCAAUGCUUCCAAGCUAAAAUUGAACCCAAACUCGUUCAAAAGUAUGCCAUAAAAAAGAGCGUAAAAACCUACAUCUCGUGAAUUGAUUUUUAACCAAAGUUGUUGAAGAAAGUCAUGUUUCAAAGACCUAUGAUACUAGUUGGACACUGGAGUUGCGCCUAAAAAGUGUUAAUGAUCUCUAGAAAACUCGCUCUAAUGAGCUUGGGGUGUGGGUAUAGGUGUAGGUGAAUUGAAGAUCUGUAGUCACACCCACAUCUAUCCACACCCACACCCAAAAAACUGUUUUUUUAAGGUGCGAAGAACUAUAUAGUACUGCGUCGCGAGUUUUCUUUCUUUCUUUAUUUCUAGCUAGACCAUACGCAGAUUUUUUCACAUUUUGUGUCGCAAUGAUCUUUACAGCCGAUAGUCAGAAAAUCCUCAUUCAAGCAUCAGAUGAAAGUGUCGAGGUUGAACCGAAACCUCCUUUUUUUCGAUUUCCGUUACGAUGUUCCAUUCGCAUACAAGCAGGAUCGAAAAAAGACAAAUUUUUCAGGACUUUGAUUUUUCAAACUUCGAAAUAAUUAAAUCAUAAAAAGUUAGGCGCCAUUUAGUUCACUGAUGUAUAAAAAACAGCUGUAAUCACAGCUGAUGAUAGAUAAUGAAUCAUAUCGAUAAUUAAACGAUCAAUCGAUGACGCUCUUUAAAAGACUGUUGGUAAGCUUUCAUAAUUCGCGCGGUGAUAAAUUCUAAAUGACUACUUGUCAGCCUAUGCUAGAUUUCGGUCAGUUGAUUGAAGGAAACACACCUUUUCGAUUUACAACAAUCGACAGAUAGCUUUCCUCUCUGUGAAGCAAAACUAGAAGAGAAACAUGGUUCGAUUAUAACUCUAUCAUCGAUUUAUGGUUUUUUCGAAAACUCGACUAGUCCAGUUAGUCGAUAUUCGUGUUUCGCACUUUAUUUCAUAUUCUCGACAAAAUCGAGAUACCAUCUAGUUUUCAUAGUGAGGAAAAACAGAGCUUUUUAACUAUUUUUGAAAUUUCCGAAGUAGUUUUUUGAAUUUUUUAUUUCACAAGAUUGGCUUUAAAAAAUUUUAAUACGUACAGUUUUGUAGAGCUCGACGAGCUCUAUCGAACCAUGUAAAAAUAUCAAAGAAAAAAAAAUAUUCCUCCAUUUCGAAUUGCUGGCGCCUCACAUUUCUAUGGCAAAAGGAGAAUAAAAUUUCUGAAAAUUUUCUAUGUUCGACAAUAAAAGGUUUUAAUAGCUCUUAUUAUUUAAUAGCGAUAGAUCCAGUUUUCGAUCCGCUUUAAUUUGGUAUAAAGUACUUUGUGGAUAUUAUCUGUAGUUUAAGUUGUAGAGGGGGCGUAUUGGUUUUGUAACACCCUGUAGUAUAUUUUAAUUACUUAUGUUAUUUACAUUCACCAUGUUAAACCAUACGUAUAAAAAUACAAAAAAAAAACAAACAAGACGUAUUCUUUAAUACAAAUACCACCGAUCGACUUCACAAAAGUUAUUAUCUCCAUGCUUUAAUUCCGAUUUAAUUUUCGAAUCUUUAAAGCUAUCUGAUAAGAUUCUUUAGCAGGAAUCGAAACUGAUCAUGGCAGCUGUUCUCACCAUUACACCCUAUCCAGUUUAUCUUUAAUAAAUAUUGAACGUGGUUGUGAUAUUGAUCUGGAUAGCAUUGUUACCGAAUUUAUAUCGAUAAAAGAAGAGAAAAAAAAUAUUUUGAAAAUAAAUUGGUUAUAUAUUUGUUAAAGAAAUCAUUUCAUUUUAACAAGAGAAGAUGCAUGCAUACAUACAUACUAAAACAAGAGAGAGAAAGAGAAAUGGAAAACACAUACGUUCUUAUAGUUAUAUAUAAAGGACUGGAUAUGAAUCAAACGAAAAGAAAAAAGGUGAUAAACUAAGAAAAGAGAGCACGAAAAGAACAACAUAAUAGUGUUAAUAGCAUUGAUCAUAACAAUAAAGAUUUUAAAAAUUGAAAACUUAUUAUCAUUAUCAGCUUAAAAAAUUUAUUGUCUCCCCCAGCAAAUUGAGCUUGCGUCGUCCAUGCUAGUCCAAAAUUAACUUUUUACUAAUCACUCUAAAGAAAGCUCUUGAACUAUUUCCACUCUUAAUUGUAUAAAUCAAUCUGAAAUCUGGAUCCUCAUCAUUGACAAUAUGUGUUGUGUCAGGAGAUUGUUUUUUUGAUUCCGAUGUGUAGUGAAUUCUUUCGGCAUCGCUUUCGGGAUCUUCAGAUUUAUAAGCUCUACAUACAAUUGAAUUACCUCCUGAUAUUGGAUUAAAAAAUGAGAACGCAAAGUUUUUAUUUAACGUACUCUCACGAUAAAUAACCGUGCCUUCCACUCCAUAAAGUCCUACUUUUUUUACACACUGAAAAUUCAGUUUUAUUUCCUCUUCUUACACUGUUCGAGUAAUUUUUGUCAUUAGUUCCACAAUCAAAAUAUUGGUCAUGGAAAACGAAAUGAUAAAAAGUAAAAUUUUCUAUUGCCAUUUCUAUCGAUCUCCCAUCUCUUGAGACGUUAGAAACCAAUUUACUAAGUUGUCCAGAAACAUAAAGCUGCGAAAAAGUAGCUUGCAAUCAGAGAUGGGCAGCUCCGACUCCGGAGCGCUCGCUCCACGGAGCUAGCUCCGCUCCUGGAGUGGAGUGGGAGCGGAGCGAUUUGUAAAAAUGGUGGAGCUGGAGUGGAGUCGGAGCGAGUGUUUUUGUACUCACAUCGGAGCUGGAGCGGAGCGUUCUGUAAAUAGAAUGGAGCUGGAGCGGAGUCGGAGCGAAUUUUUUUCGUUUUUUUCUUUUGUACGUCUACUUUUCGAUUCAUUGUUCUGUGAAUAAACACAGAAAAGUUAGCGAGAGAGAGAAGCGCGUCAUCGACUAUUCACUGAAGUGAAUAUAUUGUUCUUACUCGCCGGUCGAUAAAUAUUUGAGACAAUGACUGACCGUUCAUUGAAUUAAUUAUUCCAUGGCUAAUCGGACUGCGCUAUUGAGAAUUAUAAUGGGCGAACACAACGUUGUUGAAGAGAAAAAAUUCAAUAAUAUAAACUAUGUGAAAAAUAAAUAGUGUCAG